AUGGGACUCUUACCAAUGAAAUCGUUUUUCCAGUGGUUCGGGUUUUCAAAGACCCGAAAAUCAAAAGAGGACCACUCUUGCAGGCUUCUGGAUGAUACGUUGAUUCACAGCAAUACCUCCUAUUGGUCUCUCAGCGAGCUUCCCUUCACGCACUCUAAGUGGGAUCUCCACUACAUUUCCAUCGAGCAUGCGCUCAGGUCGGCAGAGCAUAUAGAGGACCUGCCGGAGGGAAAAGUGUGUUAUAACAAAAAGGGUCUCCCAUACCAAGAGCACCCUAAGGAGUAUGAAAAUAGGGAGAAGAUAUUCCCCCCCGGAAAGACGCAUCGCGAGGGGCCAUUGCGACCAGAGGAUAGAAUGUGGAAGACCGGAACGGAACCAGGCCCUGCUCGUAUCAUCGGGCCUCAAAAGGAACAUGAACCUAGGUGCAGGAAACGACCGCACUGGAAACUACCGACGUACUGGAAACCAUGCUAUCAUGAUAAGCAAAGAGGGUAUGAUGAUAAGAACAUGGUCUCCGCAACCUAUCACUCAGUUCAUCUGCGACGCCCAUUCAUCGUCCUGUUUGGUGUCUUCUUGCCACCUUCUACCGCAUCUGAUUGUCGCAAUCUCUCGUUUGUUGCUUAG